CGCCCGCCUGGCCGCUGUGCCCCGGCCCGGCCCCGCCGCCAGCAGCGCCCCGAGGGAGAGCGGCCGGUCAGCAGGUCGGGAAUACAUUAUCCCAUCCUUGGCACACAGGUUUAUAGCAGAGAUGGUGGAUUUCUUUAUUCUUUUCUUUAUAAAGGCAACCAUUGUCUUAAGUAUUAUGCAUCUCAGUGGAAUAAAGGACAUUUCCAAGUUUGCUAUGCAUUAUAUAAUAGAAGAAAUAGAUGAAGACACAUCCAUGGAAGACUUGCAGAAAAUGAUGAUAGUGGCCCUUAUCUACAGGUUGUUAGUCUGCUUCUAUGAGAUUAUCUGUAUUUGGGGAGCUGGUGGGGCAACCCCAGGGAAGUUUCUGCUUGGACUUCGAGUUGUGACGUGUGAUACAUCUGUACUUAUUGCACCAAAUCGUGUGUUAGUGAUUCCAUCCUCUAAUGUUAGCAUAACAACGUCUACAAUACGAGCCUUGAUCAAGAAUUUUUCUAUUGCUUCCUUUUUUCCUGCAUUCAUUACACUGCUAUUUUUUCAGCAUAACAGAACAGCCUAUGACAUCGUAGCAGGAACUAUUGUGGUAAGAAGAAAUGUAGUCAGAUGAUACCAACAGAAGCCCAGAUUACCAAACUUUUUUUGAACUCCUAAAAAACAAAGUAAAGAAGACCAUCAGUAUUGGUUGCCCAAAUUAACUGGAGACAGAUUCAGAUGUUAAACAAUGAGUCAUUCCAGUAUGGUGCCAGUGAUUAUCUUGAAAGUGUUGAUUUUUCUUAAAUGCCAAAGACAUUUCAGAGAAAUAGUAUAUUCAAUUUGAAAGUAUUAACAUUAGAUUGACAGGAAGGAAACUGGUUAUAUUUCUCCAUAACGGACAGUUUCUCUCCAUCUCCAGAAAGGAGAUACCUGGAAAUAUUGCCAUCGUAAGAAGUACUAGUUCUACAACUUGAUUAUUUUAUGGGAAAAAUAAGUUGGAGAAUGUAGUUGUGGUCUACGCUGGUGUUUACAAAACACAUUACAGAAAGUAUCCCUUAGAAGGGAUUGCAGUGUUUCUUGGGGGGAUGGAGGCAAAAAUAUAGCUAAUGUGUUUCUAUUAAACUGAUGCAUUGUGCGGUGGUUGGGUAUUAUCAACCCCUUAAAGGCUUAGUGAACUCCUUCACUUCAAGAAUUGUAUUCCUUUACCACUUUUUAAAUGUAUUAUCUAAACAUGUAUUGUGGCAGGUUUUUUGCAUGACUGUGUUAAGCAUUGAGUCACUUACUAUUUGUCUAUCCUAAUGAAAUAAAUAAGUUUACUACUUCGUGGGAAGAAUAAAUUACUGUGGUAUUUGUGAAA